GGCGCUCGCAGGUCAGGAGGCGGCUGCGCCGGUGGCUCCCCGCGUUCCUGGCUCUCGGCUGCUGGGCGCCCCACGCCAUGUUCUCGGUGCUCUCCUAUGGCAGGCUGGUGGCCCGGGCAGUCCUGGGCGGCCUCUCGCAGACGGACUCCCGUGACUACAGCUUGGUGACAGCCAGCUGUGGCUUUGGCAAAGAUUUCCGUAAGGGCAUCCUCAAGAAAGGCAUGUGCUACGGGGAUGACGCCUGCUUCGUGGCCCGGCACCGGUCGGCAGAUGUGCUGGGUUUUGGAAACCAUUUUUGUUCAUAUAACUCUUUUUUUUUUUUUUUUUUUUUUUUUUUUUGUGUAGGUGGCUGGAGAGACUAUGGGGUUGACCCUUCACAGUUCUCAGGGACUCUAAUGCGAACAUGUGAACGUUUAGUAAAAGAAGGACGGUUUGUACCAAGUAAUCCUGUUGGGAUUCUCACCGCAGGUUAUUGUGAGCUGCUGCAGAACAAAGUACCUUUGCUUGGAAGCAGUACAGCCUGUAUAGUAGUUCUGGACAGAACAAGUCAUCGUUUACACACAGCCAACUUGGGAGAUUCUGGAUUUUUGGUAGUCAGAGGAGGAGAAGUAGUACAUCGAUCCGAUGAGCAGCAGCAUUACUUCAACACUCCGUUCCAGCUGUCAAUAGCUCCACCAGAAGCAGAGGGAGUUGUCUUAAGUGACAGUCCUGAUGCUGCUGAUAGUACUUCUUUUGAUGUCCAACUUGGAGACAUUAUUUUGACUGCAACAGACGGACUGUUUGACAACAUGCCUGACUACAUGAUUCUGCAGGAGUUAAAAAAGCUGAAGAACUCCAACUAUGAGAGUAUACAGCAGACUGCAAGAAGCAUUGCUGAGCAAGCUCACGAGCUGGCUUAUGAUCCCACUUACAUGUCGCCAUUCGCACAGUUUGCAUGUGACAAUGGAUUGAAUGUGAGAGGGGGAAAACCAGACGACAUCACCGUCCUUCUUUCUAUUGUAGCCGAGUACACAGACUGAUGUGCCCGUUGCUCCCAGCUUCACACGUACGGUUUCCUGCUGGCAGGAUUGCUUUAUUCCUUUGCAACUGAUCUCCGCAGCCGGUUCUCGAGCUCGUUGCCUGUCUUGAGACACAACUGAAGUCCUUGUUAAGAACCACUCUUGUAGUACACUGGUCUUUGUCUGCCAGCAAGAAAUGAAGAAGCUCAAGGCUUGAAGCAUGUCUUUCAGAGCUUAGUCAUCGCCCUUAAAGGGGGAGGAUCAAUCCCACAUCCUUACUGCGUUUGAAAUGUGACUUACUUUCAAAGGAGUAGAAUUGGGUUUCACAUCUUUCAAACUAGAUUCGAUAGCUAAAACCUCUCCAAGAGGGCAUAUUACUCUAUUUACUAGAAACGUUCACUAUUCAUUAAAGGGUAUGUUACAGAACACAGUUUCAUAAGCAUAGUCUUGUUACAGUGAUAGCUGAGGUUUCGUGUUUCUAAGCUCCAGUUUUCAGGAGGUUUAUAACUGCUGUAAACAUUCUGCUCUUGCCAUACAUGGUGUCAGCCUAGGAGCCUUUUCUAGUACGAAAUUUCAAAAACCAUACUUAGUUCAAGUUAUAUGGAUGCAAAUGUGUUUUGUGAUUUCAGGUGCUUAACUGUGAUCUUAAAAAGUUCUGCAGAUCAUUCGUCCAUAAUGGGCCUGGUAUCUGGAUGUUUUGGCUGUGGAUAAUUUUUUUUUUUUUUUUCUUUUUUAAAACAACAAAAAAUUUUAACUCAGUCUCAAAAAGUCGAGCUGGCCAAAGUUGAGGUCCCUUCAGCAUUUUAACCCAUCUCACCAGCAUGGGAUGAUGCAGCAGGAAUGCUACGGUGGGAGGUUGCACAAAAACCAGAUCAUCCUCAGCUCUGAACAUCUUCACUUUUGGUAGAUAAUUGUGUUGUUAAUGAAACGUAAUUUGUGUUACUAAUUGCCAUUCUCGCUUGUGUAGAACAGAAUGUGCUGCACCAGUUGAAGUCCAGUUGAUCCUUAUCUUUGACUCUCCAACAAGCACCUCUUUGCUUAUGCUGUGGCAGCAGCAGUAAGUACGUCAAAGGAAACUAUUAAUGAAUAAUCAGCAAAACUUAACAUUUCAGUAACUAAAGUUUAGGGUUUUCGGAAUGAACCUUAAUGAUGUUUACAGUUAUCUAACAGCCACUUUGCAAUAUUACAUUUCCUUUUGAAUUACAGUAGCUCACAUAUGUUCCCCCCGUUCCAGCAAGCUUUUCCUUUUUCUUUCCUGAGGUUCAUGCAAAAAGCUGAUAGCUGUAAGAUAUAUAUAUUUUUGGUCAGUUUUUCAUUAACUUUUUUUCUGGUAGAAAAGUAUGUAGAAAUAAAUUAAAGCCAUGUUUUUAUAUAUAAAAAGUCGGGUAAUGUUGCUGUUUAGGUGAGUGCAGUUAAACUUGGUCAGUAAGUAAUCUUACCUACUCUCAAAAGGAGAUUUUUACUACCUGGUUUAUUGUAUUAAAACUGUUUAAGUUUGAGGUUACCUCAACCUGUUUAAAGAAUUUUUGUGGACUUGUACUGUAUAUUUGCGUAACUAUGUCAAGCUUUUAUUUAAGGUCAUUUAACAUGUACCAUGUACAUGUCAUUUUACUAUAUUUCAAUGCAUCAUGCUUGUAACAGGCAUUUCAUUUAUAAUAAUUAAGUGAUUAAUUUGGAAGCUCUUCAGUAAUUUAUCUGCUAUUCCUAAAUUGGCAUAAUGUUAGCUAUCUAUUUUAAAUCACCUUGUAAUUACUUGUCAAAAUGCCUUAACUACCCUAACUUGACCAAAAUACUAUUUUGGUGAGGGUACGGGGAGGAUUAUAUUAAUGAAGAAAAAUUAAUUAGUUUUGCGAUCUGUGGAACAGUGAGUGGUGGAUAACUUUGCACAAAUUGUCAGUCCUUGUUGUUUUUUAAGGCCGAACAAGCUGUACCUAGCUGUCUCGUUAGAAGGAAUGUAUUCACGCUGCAGUACAGGGCUUUGUUUCUUGCGUUUGGGAGGGGCGUUUCUCUCUCAAAUUUGGGUGUCUUUUACACUUUAUUCUCCAGUAUUUACUAUCACGCUUCUUGAUUAGAGCAGAUUUGAUCAAUUAUUCUUUCCCUUGACCUUACCUUAGAGCGCUGCCCCCGCAGACCCCGGGCUGUGUUGCACUCUGACCCCUCGCGCUCAGCACGCUCGUCCCCAGCCCUCGUUGUCCCAACCCCGGAACUUUCCAGAACUCUGGGAGUUCUGGGAGACGCACACGGAUCUGAUGGCGGGGGGCGGCCACGGGGCCUUCCCCCACUGGGAAUGCCGCUGCUGGGCCAGGCUCUGGCCUCCCCCAGCCUCACGCUCCCAGCUGAGCCGUGUCUACAAAGCCAUUUGCCUCAUAUCACAUCCUGAUUUUUUUUUCUUUUUUAAAUAAAGAACAAAUUUGGAUUUGGAUUUACAAGUCAUGAGUUUAUCCCUCACCGGACACACCAAAGACCAGUAAAGCUUAUAGCUUUUCCAUCUGUUUAUAAAGCAAUACUGUAUUAUAAGGAAUUGAUAUUUUUAUCACAUGCUUGUUUUUGUUUUUUGAUUAUUUUUUUUUUAAGAUGUGCACUCUAAACAUAUCAAACCUAAUUUCUUCCUAUGAACUUAAGCUGUCUGCGCACAAAAAAAAAAUUUUUUUGGAAAAGGAAAUGACAGGGCCCAUCCUAUCAGAAUAAUUUUAAACGAUGCAUGAAGCAGUAACACUUUCUAGGAAUUAGAUAAUUGUGAGUAUUCACGGGAGGAAGGGAGGAGAAGGGUGUUCCACGAAGCGAAGGUGCGCGCGAGCGGAGCACAGGCUGACCUGGGGCUGCUGCAGAGGGGGCUGGGAGCAGCCAGUGGAAGGAAAAGGAAGAGGUUUAGACACCAGUGACCACGGAAUGUCCCAGGAGGGGCAGGAGCUGGGAGUUCUGCAGCAGCGUUACUCAGUAUUUGGGUAAAACAGGGCUAAGAUGGGGUGAAUUGGAAAAACUGUGGUUUCUUGCUACUUUUCUGGCUAUCUUUGGGUGACCUGCUACCUACAGUUUCCCUCUAAACGUACUUCUUCGUGUUUAUGAAGAAGGUGUGGCUGAACAAAAACCAAACCAAAAAUAAACCAGAUUUUUGGGACCAGACAGGACUGAGUCAAGGGGAAGGGAGAGGCCAAGGUCUGGCAAGGGGAUGAAGGAUUUUGUGAUGGAACCUCCAUCUCUGGGUCACGGGCAUCCUUUUUCCAGGGG